AUGGCUGCCAUGAUGGGCUUGAUCAGCAUUAUCCUAAUUACACUACUUGUAAAGAGCAAGUCAGAGGAACAGAUCAGCCACCUUUCAACGUGCGCCUGUUUAAGUGAUAAACGUAUCCAUCCAACAUUUUUCAGGACUGUUCCCAGCGAUCAAUUUCAAAUUUCGGCUUUGGUACAGCUCAUGAAACAUUUUGGCUGGCAGUGGGUAGGAAUAAUUCACAGUGCUGAGGUGUAUGCAUCUGAUGGUGCAGCUGAGUUCAUUAAGCAAGGAAAGGUAGAGGGUAUCUGUGUAGAAUAUGCUAUCAGCUUUGAUUUGUAUGAUAUCAAGAACGAACAAAAAGUAACAGAGAAACUCAAAGCCUCCACAUCAAGUGUAGUCCUGCUAUACAUGUCAUUAACCUACAUGAGAGCGUUAUUUAAAAAAGUAGACACAAACAAUUUACCUCGUAAACAAUGGAUUGGUAGUGAAGCUUGGAUCUCACAGGUGGAUUUGGCUUCCAUUGGAAGUAAGAACGUCUUACAUGGGGCAAUGGGGUUUGCUCUGCCUCAGUCUAUUAUUCCAGGUCUUGCAGAUUUUCUAAUGAGCUUGAAACCAAGUGAUGAACCAGAGAGUGUUAUGAUCAAAGUGUUUUGGGAAAGUUUCUUCGACUGCAGCUUCUCUCCAUCAAAUACCACAAAGCUCUGUACUGGGGGGGAGGAUCUGAGAACAAUCUCCAGUGCCUACACAAACACAGCAUUAAGGUCUGUGAGAAAUGUGUACACAGCUGUGUACUCGAUUGCACAUGCUCUUAAUGCGUUAUUGCAAUGUGAAAAUGGAUUAAAUCCCACCACAGGAAAACAUUGUGUAAACAACACUGAUGUUCAGCCCAAACAGGUACUGGAACACCUGAAGCUGGUGGAUUUCACUGUACUUAAUGGUUACAAGGUAUCUUUUGAUGAAAACGGAGACACUGCGGCACAAUAUGACCUGUUAAAUUGGCAGUACAAGGAGGGUGGCUCUGUGAAUGUCAUUACCAUUGGGCAAUAUGAUAGCUCUUUGCCUGAAGGACACAGAUUCAGGUUUACACCUAACACAACCAUUGUAUGGGCCCUUAACAGUACUGAGCCUCCAAAGUCUGUUUGCCGGGAUGCAUGCCCUGCCGGAAGUCGCAAGGCCGUUAAUAAACAAGCGCCCGUGUGCUGCUUUGAUUGCUUUGAAUGCCCAGAGGGAGGCAUAAGUAAUGAGACAGAUUCAUCCGAUUGCUUUUUGUGCACUGCUGAAUUUUGGCCAAAUGACAAAAAGGACAAGUGCAUUCCAAAACCAACUGAAUUCCUUUCCUUCCCAGAAAUCAUGGGGACUAUAUUAACAGCAUUUACUUGCUUUGGUGUAUUUUUGUCAAUUUUAAUAUUCAUAAUUUUCUUAGUUCAUAAAGAAACACCUAUUGUCAGGGCCAACAACUCUGAGCUGAGUUUCCUGCUGCUUCUCUCUUUAAAACUGUGUUUCCUGUGUUCUCUGACCUUCAUCGGUCGUCCCUCAGACUGGUCCUGUAUGCUUCGCCACACAGCGUUUGGGAUCACCUUUGUCCUCUGUAUCUCUUGUGUUCUGGGGAAAACGAUAGUGGUGUUGAUGGCCUUCAGGGCUACACUACCAAGCAGCAAUGCUAUGAAAUGGUUUGGUCCAACUCAGCAGAGACUCAGUGUAUUGGCUUUCACUCUCAUACAGGUUGUUAUUUGUAUUCUUUGGCUAACAAUUAACCCUCCAUUUCCUAACAAAAAUGUUCGGUCCUUUAAGGAUAAAAUUGUUUUAGAAUGUGCCUUAGGAUCCCCUAUAGGUUUCUGGGCUGUGUUAGGGUAUAUAGGACUCCUAGCUUUGUUAUGUUUCAUACUGGCUUUUCUAGCCAGAAAGCUGCCUGAUAGUUUCAAUGAGGCGAAGUUCAUCACCUUCAGCAUGGUGAUAUUCUGUGCUGUUUGGAUCGCCUUCAUCCCUGCUUAUGUCAGUUCUCCAGGGAAGUUUACUGUAGCCGUGGAGAUAUUUGCAAUUCUGGCUUCCACCUUUGGCUUGUUAAUAUGCAUAUUUGUACCAAAAUGCUAUAUUAUUAUUUUCAAGCCAGAACAAAAUUCAAAAAAGCAUAUCAAGAGUAAGAUGCAAAGCAAAGGUAUGUAA